AUGGUCUCCGCUUCGGUCAGUGCCUAUACUGCGCCAGCACUUAUGACCGUUUGUCUUCUUACUGAUUAUUGGAUAUAUGGAGAACAACCAAUAUUAUCACAAAAUCAAGUAGUAAAAGUAGGCGAAAUACGAAUUUUAAAUUAUACAUAUCAUCGAAUUGGUCUUUGGCGCGAAUGUAUGAAAGAGAGUCAUGAUGCUCCAUAUACAUGUGAUCUUGUUAAAUAUUCUAAAGUUGAAGCAAAAUUAGAAAAAGGUUUUAAAGCUGUAUCAUAUCGAUCAGCACCAAGUAUGAUAUGUUUUGUAGCUGCAUCUAUUCUUUUAAUUAUUGCCAUUAUUUUAUUUACACGUGGUCUGUGUAAACGACGUCGAAAAGCUGUUUUCUUCAUCUCAGGACUUUUAUUUUCUAUUUCAGGUUUAAUUACAAUGGUUGGUGUCACAUUAUAUGUUUCAAUAACAACUGAAGAAUUGGUUAAAAUUGAUCACGAUGAACGAGUGAUGACAUGUUCCUAUGGAUAUUCAUUUUUUUGUGCAGUUUUUUCGUUUGUUCUACAAGAAUUAACUGGUGUUUUAACUGUUUAUUGGUUUAUAUAUCGUUUUCGUGCACUUGUACGAAAACAAGAAAAAUUACGUUUUCGUACUCGUCAAUUAAUGGGAAAUUGUUUAUCAAUGACAACUGCUUUACCAUUAAAUUUUGCUUCACGUGAUACAAAUAACAUUAACAAUAAUAAUAAUAAUAAUAAUAAUAAUAAUAAUAUGAAAUCGAUACCUAAUCGUACGAAUUAUCAACUAAAUCAAAAUCAUUAUUCUACUUCAAAUAAUCAACGUUAUCAAUAUACAAUCAAUAAUGCUACAUCAGAUUCUUUAACAUCUAAACAACAAACAGCUUUAGACAGACGACGUAUACCAUUUGAUACAUCUGUACCAGUAUCAACUCAACAUGUUGAUAAAAUAUCUAAUUCAUUAAUUCCACCACAAUCACCAACACUUCUCUUUAGAGAUUAUUGUCGUGUUUUAAUUCGUCCAGAAGAUAUGGAUUUACUAAGACAAAUGGUGAAAUCAAAAUCUCAAGCACAUUUAUUAGCUAACUCAAGGCCAACAACACCAGCAUCACCAAUAACGACUAUUAAAACUCUACCGAAUUCACAUACACAUAAACAAAUAACGACUAAUAUACCAAGACAAAGUGUUCGAAAAAGCGUCAAACGGACUACAUCUGUUUAA